UUUUAAAUACAGAAGCCGCCGCCUGGCUCCAUCACACACAGACACAGUUAACUCACUGUUUUCGCGGAUUCGCUGAGCAACUGAAAGAACACACACACAGUGUAGGCGUGCACUCACCUCGCCGCCGCACUACUGAUUUAUUCGAAAAUUGUAAUGCACUGAAGAAUGGGAAUACCAGCAUUCUAUAGAUGGUUAACGGAGAAGUAUCCGCUUAUAACUGCCGACGUCAUGGAAGAAACGCCGCUUUUAAUCAACGGCGUUUCUGUCCCACUCGACACUUCCUGCCCUAACCCUAACGGUAUCGAGUUCGACAAUCUCUAUCUUGACAUGAAUGGAAUCAUUCACCCUUGUUUCCAUCCCGAAGGACUGCCGCCUCCGACUACAUACGAGGAGGUUUUCGCUGCGGUUUUCAAGUACAUUGAUAGGAUCUUCUCCAUUGUCAGGCCUCGAAAACUCCUUUUCAUGGCUAUUGAUGGUGUUGCUCCACGAGCUAAGAUGAAUCAGCAGCGGUCGAGGCGUUUUAGGGCUGCUAGAGAUGCUGCUGAUCAAGCCUUAUCUAUAGAGACGGAUGGUGGGAUUGUCCCUGAAUCAGAAGAAGGGAACUUGGAGCAGGUGAAGAAACUUGACUCGAAUGUAAUUACACCUGGAACUGAGUUUAUGGAUUUGUUGUCGUCAGCUCUUCAUUAUUACAUACGCUUGAGGAUGAAAGAGGAUUUGGGAUGGCGAGGAAUAAAGGUCAUUCUUUCUGAUGCUAAUGUGGCCGGUGAAGGAGAGCAUAAGAUAAUGUCAUACAUCCGCUUGCAAAGGAAUCUACCGGGUUUUGAUCCAAAUACACGGCAUUGUUUAUAUGGAUUGGAUGCGGAUUUGAUUAUGCUCGCGUUGGCUUCUCAUGAAAUUCAUUUCUCGAUUCUAAGAGAGGAUCUUGGAAAUGCAAGCACAGGCGGUAAAUCUUCGAAAGAAAAACAUAGACUAAUGAAGCGCCGAAAAUUAAAUGGGGAUUCAGAUCAAGUAGGAAAGUUUGCUGAGAAUAUAGAAAACCAUAUUUCGGGGAUGAAGUUUCAGUUUCUCAAUGUUUGGAUCUUGAGGGAGUAUUUAGCAUAUGAUUUGAGAAUACCAGACACAACAUUGAAAGUAGACCUGGAGCGUGUGAUUGAUGAUUUUGUCUUCAUGUGUUUGUUUGUUGGAAAUGAUUUUCUGCCACACAUACCAUCACUGGAGAUAUCCGAGGGGGCUAUCGAUUUGCUCAUGACAGUUUACAAAAAGGAAUUUGCUCAGAUGGGUGGUUACCUAACAAAUUCUUUUGAGAUAAACCUGAUUCGUGUGGAGCACUUUGUACAAGCUCUAGGUUCUCAUGAAAGCGCAAUCUUCAGAAGACGCAACCAGAUGCAAAAAGAGAGAGAGAUACGUUUCCAACGCAUAUCAAAACGUCAGCAAGCAUUUCAUUCAUCAAAAUCAUUGUUUGAUGAUGGUGUAUCUGAAAGUUCCAAAUCUUCUGUGAAGCUGGAAACGGCCCCUCUUGGUCAAAAUCGACAAAAUCCCCGAAGCGUGGCCAUUAAGGAAUCAAAUCACUUCUCCUCCAAUGGCACAAGUGCUGUAGUUGACAAGAUUAAAUUGGGAGAUGAGGGUUGGAAGGAAAGAUACUAUGCAGAAAAGUUUGAGGCAAAGAGUGAAGAUGAGCGUGAUACCAUUAGGAGACAUGCGGUUUUCAAAUAUGUAGAAGGGAUUUGUUGGGUCAUGCGUUACUACUAUGAAGGAGUCUGCUCCUGGCAAUGGUUCUACCCUUAUCAUUAUGCACCAUUUGCCUCGGAUUUCUAUGGCUGUGAUCAGUUAGAAAUUCACUUCACACUUGGGGAACCUUUCAAGCCAUUUGAUCAAUUAAUGGCAGUGUUGCCUGCUGCGAGUGCACAUGCUCUUCCUUUGUUUUACAGGAAAUUGAUGAUAGAUGCAUCAUCACCAAUAUUGGAUUUUUACCCUACUGAUUUUGAGCUUGAUAAUAAUGGGAAACGUUUUUCCUGGCAGGCUAUUUGCAAAUUACCAUUCAUCGAAGAGUCCCGCCUUGUUUCAGAGAUCACAAAAGUGGAGCACACAUUGACAGAUGAGGAGAGACGGAGAAACCGUUUGGGUUAUGAUGUCCUGUGUGUUCAUGUUUCACAUCCUUUGGCAGUUAAGGUAAUUUCUCUGUUCGAGUGCAAAGAUCAGUCAGCUCAGCCAACAGCUAAUGGCAAAUUGAAAAUUGACCCAAAAAUCAGUGGUGGAAUGAAUGGAUACAUUUACAUUUCUGAGAAACCUGAAUGGCCUCUCGGGAUAUUUUCACCAAUUGAUGGCAUGCUGAUGAUAGCGAGUGAACAAGUGAUAUCAGUGUUCUAUGAAUACCCUCCAUUUCAUUCUCAUAUUCCAAGGCUACCAGAAGGAGUUAUCUUGCCUAACAAGUCUGUGACCAAGUGCAAUAUUUUGCAUGCACAUCAUUUAUGGCAUGAGCCAGCUAUUCCUUCUAUAUCUUCUAAAAGACAAAUCCCCAAGUCUAUCUCAGGCCCUCAACUGGCAGAAUUGGCUCAUCGACUUGUGUCAGAAUAUAGUUCUUCAAAGCACCUGGACUUCAACAGAUGUGCUGAACGUGGGUUACCUCUGGAUGCUGCUAGAAUGGGAGAAAUGAGAACACAAGUCCAGCCCAAGAAAAGGAAACGAGGUAAACGCAAUAAAAACUGCCUUGAUGGAAGAUCUAAAGAAAGUCAAGUGGGUAAAGGUGAUUUUGUCCCUAUCAACAAUGUCAAGAAUAUGGAGAGUUCUACUCCCAGGCAACAGGGGGAAAGCUGUGGUGGUUAUGGCAGUGCUGGAGUGGAUGAAAUUAAAAUAGAAAAAUCUAAAAAGAGGAAAAGGAGUUCUAAGAACAGAAAACGUAAGGAAGGUGCGGAAGGUGCUGGUAUACCCGAUGGUGUUCAGAAGCUGGAAAUAAGCAUUCAAGAGCAGAGAAACAGUGAUCAUACUUCUGGAGGUGCAGAUGGAGAAAAUGAUUACAAAGAAGAAAAAUCUAGGAAAAGAAAAUCCAGAAAAAGAAAUAAGAAAGGGAAUCAGAAUGAUGGUGAUGCUGUCCAAAACAAAAAUGCUGAGAAAUUGGGUUGCUGUAACCACCACAUCAGCGAACUACAAAGUUGCAUUCUUCAGGAGCAGAGCGGAGGGGAUGUUCAUGCAGGUGGAGAUGUGGCAUUGGAGUUGAAAACAGAGGUGGAAUCCAAGAAAAGGAGAAAGAUCGAAGCUGAUGGCUUCCUAAUUAACAAUGUUGAAAAAUUGGAGAGUUGUUUUCUCAUGGGACAAAGAGGACGUGACAGUAACCACACAAAUGCUGAUGGAUUGGACGCAACCAGUAACCCUGUCCCAAAUAACAAUCAUCAGGAAUUGGAGGAUGGGGCAUUGGAAUUGAAAAAGGAGUUGAAAUCCAAGAAAAAGAAACGAAGAUCUAAGAAAAGGAGAAAGAUUGAAGCUGAUGGCGUCUUAAUUAACAAUGUUGAAAAAUUGGGGAGUUCUCCCAUGGAACAAAGAGGAGGUGACAGUAAACUCACAAAUGCUGAUGGAUUGGACCCAACCAGAUGCCCUGUCUCUAAUAAAAUCAAUCAGGAAUUGGAGGGUUCUGGUCUUCAGGAACAGAUAGAACAAUUUGACCAUUCAGGUGCAAAUGAGGUGGACAUAAAACCAGAAGUCAAAUCCAAAAGGAAGAAACGGAGGUCUAAGAAAAAGCGGCAGAUAGAGCUUAUUGUCCCACCUAAUGAUCCUCCAGACUCGCAGUCUGGUCUUCCUGGAAAACAGGGAACUUUUGACAGCAACCAUAUAGGUGUGGGUGGGUUGGAAAUGAAAACAGAAGUCUAACCCAGGAAGAGGAAAUGCAGACCAGAAAAUAGGGAGACAGAGCAGGUGAUAUUGUCUCAAAUUAUGGCGUUGAGAACUUGGAUCGUCUUUUUCUUGGUAAACAAGGAAGAGAUGGUGAUCAUGGAGGUGCAGGUGUGGUGGAGGAAAUGAAAACAGGGAACAGGUUCAGAAAUAUGAAAAGAUCAAGAUGACAUGCAUUGAAGCUGAUGGUGCUCCAAAUAUUACUUUCUGUAAUUGAACAGUAUUGUUCCGAGGAACAGGUCGGAGAAAUUGAGAUAUUUGAUUUUGCGUCUUCAUGGCAAGGCAAACCUCUGUAGGCUUUGAAGGAAAUAAAGAAGAGAAGGGUGGCCUCAUUUCAAAAUUGCAAAAUUAAUAUCGCGUUCAAAUUAUAGCUAUAACUUUGUUGUUCAAAGUAGCCUUGUAAUUCUUCGAGAGAGUCAUUGCAACUGUUUUUUAAAAUAUUUUUUUAUUUAAAAAUACAUUAAAAUAGUAUAUUUUUAUUUAAUUAGUAACACAGUUUGAUAAAAUCAAA